AUGUUUGCUGGACAAGGCGUCCUGUGCAAAUCAUGGCAUCGCGCUUGUGUAAAUGCAGAUCCAGGCCCAGGCAUCGCUGGAUGCCGGUCACGGUCUCAUCGGCGACCUUUGAGUGUCUCCCAUGGCGUCUGGAGCGUGCCAGCUGUGGCAGUUGUGGCUUCAGAGACAACCCGGCGCAGCGUGUCCUCGAUGAGACCAGGCCUGCACCUGCGACGCAAACUUGUGAUGAUGCAUUCCGCAACAAGUUAUGACACAGCUGCAGGUAAGCUUGUGGCUGAUGAGUGCAUCGGCCGUGGCGAGGUGAUACUGGAAGACCAGCCCAUCCUCCUGGUUGAGGACCUCCCGGACGAAGAUCCGUCUGGCGUUCUCUGGGCUUCCGAUCCUGAGGAAUUUCUGCUUCGCUGCCGGAGGCUCCGCAGCCAGAAGGCACUGGCGAGUUUUCGAAAGCUCACUGCCGAAAAGAGGCAUGCGGUGCUUUCGCUCUACGUCCCGGACCUAGAGGACUGGCUUGCAGAGGAGGAAGUGUGCAAAGGGGAUGAUGAAGCAUUUUUGUUCUUGCGGGUUCUGCGCAUCAACGGAGUCGAGGUGCCGGAUGGGAGAACUGGGCUCUAUGCCAUUGCAUGCCGAGCCAACCACUCCUGUCUGCCCAGAGCCCGUUUAAGUGUUGAUGCUGAUGGUGGGGUCAGGAUUGUUGCCUUGACCAGCAUUCGGGUUGGCGAGGAGGUCACAGUGUCCUACUUGUCAGAGUCAGAUCUCCUCGAGCCUUCGUCGAUCCGGAGGAAGCUGCUGAGUCAGACGUGGGGCUUCCUGUGCGCGUGCCAAAGAUGCACCAUGCCCGAUGACCGACGAAGUUAUACGUGUCCCUCGUGUCGGGAUGGCCUCAUUGGCUUCCGGAGCCAGUAUGUACAGCUAGGGGGUGCCACCGCAGAGCUGGAUGGCUGGGCAGCUUGCGCAGCCUGCGGAAAAAAUGCUGAGGCCGAGGAGAUGGCGCACUUGGAGCAGCUGUGGGCCCGAGUGCACCGCCGGAUGCCUGCCUGGUGCCGAGGUGCUGAUGGGCGGGCGUUGCUUCGAAGCUUCUUGCAUCCCGGAGCUCCACCGCUCUCCCUAUCUGCGCUGGAAGAGAUGAGCGAAGAGCUCGGCACACCCGACGAGUUGCAGCUCGAGGAGUCUGAUCGGAGAGGGCCGACAGAUGCCGAGGCCCUCAGCGAUGGCCUAGCCGCAGCAGUGCUUCUGCACCGAGAGUUGGUAAGCAGACAGCUUGAUUCUGCAGUGCCUGCUUCCGAGGCACACUGGCUCACGGCCGACGCAGCCGGUGCAGCUCUGGAGGCUGGGCUCCUGCUGCUCAAGACGAGUGGCAUGGACGAAGAGCUGCUGCGAGCUUUUCAGGCUCAAGUGGCUUCCCUUCAGCUGCAACCAGAAGAACUUGUCGCAGCUGCAGAUUGCAGGCUUCGAUCGCUGCAACGAGCGCUGGGUAAGGCGACCCUGACGGUGGAAGCCGCAGAGCUUCUUCGACUCAAGGCUCAAUGCCUCGAGCUUUGCCGGCCAGCCGAAGCAGCUGCCGUGAGGAGGCAUGCCUUGGAUGUGGCCUCCGCUCUGUUGCCGGGUGACAGCUAUGCAGGGCCCGGUUAUGCAGAGGACGUGCUGGAUGAGACGGUGUUCCUUUUCCUGGAUGGUCUUGAGUUCCGCAUGCGUGAUUUCGAGGAGGGCUGCUACAAGCUCUCUCUAGCCGAGCGUCGACUGAGCCGUUGCUUGGACGACCUUGAAUCCCAAUUGGAGCUGGAGGCUGUGCAGCAAUCGGGUCUUGUCGACGACGUGCUUGCCUCCAGACUUGUUGAGCAACGGCGCGUCAUACAACUGCAGCAGGUGGAGCUGGAUCAGCUCCACUUCGAACACCAGGUGCUGGCCGAAGAGGCGGCUAGACUUCGCGAGGAGGUGAUGGCCACAAUUUCGGGGGCCAUGCCGGAAGAGGAGGAGUUUGGUGUCAGCUUUGUGGAUGCGCCUGAUUCACCCCAAGCCAGCGAGCAUGGCAGGUCUGCAUCACCCGCUUCAGCUUUUAGUCCGGAGUCGAGACUGCAGGACGAUCUCCAUAAAUCCUGA